AUGCGAUCUUGUUACUUCGGGCCUGUUCUUCAACCAAAACUUGGUGACGAUCCGCUCAACGUCUACCGCUGGAUGCUUCAAUCCGUUCAAAAUGGCUGCCGCAAAGAGGAGGAGCGAAGUCAUAUGACACCUACCCCAAAAUACCAAGUUUGUCCGUAUGCGGCUCCACUUGGAAUGGAGAGUGGUGCUAUACCUGAUGACAGUAUAACAGCUUCGUCAGAGUGGGGGUCUAGUGGAUACGAAGCUGUAAAAGCUCGUCUUAAUACUCAAGAGUUUAGUGGUAGCGCUGGUGGAUGGUGUAAGAAAAACAGCGACAGAACACCAUGGAUACAAGUUGACUUCGUGUCAAAGGUUCACAUCACUGCUCUUAUCACUCAGGGGCGCGAUCUAGGUGAAACUCCGGUGUAUAACUGGGUAAUGACAUUCACUGUGGAGUUCAGUGACAAUGGCCUCGAAUGGAGUGCCGUAAUGACUGCUGGUGCAGUACCACUAGAAAGUGGCAAUACAGACAGUGAGACACAAGCUACUGUAACAUUCGCAGAGACAUUGUUUGCAAGGUACCUGCGUAUUCUACCAAAAACAUGGAAGGAUGAAUGCUGUAUGCGUUUUGAGGUACUUGGUUGCCGCCUAGACUAAUAAUAAUUAUCAUUAAUCAAGACAAACUGCUCAGCCUGAGGUCAAAAUCAAAGGUCGAUUUAGUAAGAAUACAUCCAGAAGAUUGCUAUAGAUAGUGCAUCUUCAAUCCUUGUAGUUCGUUAUCCAUUAAUUUUAGAUUCAAUUUACCAUAAUUAUUCCAUUAUCACGGGUCCACCAAGGCCCGUAUACUGUGCGCAAGUAAUGGGUACAGGAAUAUUGCCAUAUCCCGGGUACACAGCCCGUAAAUGUAACGGUCUGUCUUCUCAUAUACUGUGCACAAGCAAUGGGUACAGGAAUAUUGCCAUAUCCCGGGUCCACAGCACGUAAAUGUAACGGUCUGUCUUCCCAUAUACUGUGCACAAGCAAUGGGUACAGGAAUAUUGACAUAUCGCGGGUCCACAGCACGAAAAUGUAACGGUCUCUCUUCGUAUACUGUGCGCAAGCGAUGGGUACAGGAAUAUUGCCAUAUCACGGGUCCACCAAGGCCCAUACUGUGCACAAAGCAAUGGGUACAGGAAUAUUGCCAUAUCCUGGGUCCACAUCACGAAAAUGUAACGGUCUGUCUUCGCAUAUACUGUGCACAAGCAAUGGGUACAGGAAUAUUGCCAUAUCACGGGUCCACAGCACGAAAAUGUAACGGUCUUUCUUCUCAUAUACUGUGCACAAGCAAUGGGUGCAGGAAUAUUGCCAUAUCCUGGGUCCACAGCACGUAAAUGUCUUCUCAUAUACUGUGCACAAGCAAUGGGUACAGGAAUAUUGCCAUAUCCUGGGUCCACAGCACGUAAUGUUACGGUCUGUUUUCUUUGUGCACAAGCAAUGGGUACAGGAAUAUUGCAAUAUCUGCAUAGCGUCCUCUGUUGAGCGAGAAUCGCCAGUAGCUGCUUGUUUUACAGGUGUAAAACGAACGAAAUCGACAAACCUAGCGACUCACGACUAGGUAAAUGACUGAAUGGUGUUUAGUUGAUGGUUCUAUUACUCUGGCAAUUAUAUCAGUAAAAGAUGUCAAUUUUCCACUUGGCUUAGUAACUUUUAAAGGUUUGUUUCCCUUUGAAAAUAUUUACUUUAUCGUUUUAUUUAAGUAACUUACGUGGCCUCUCUGAUUGAUUCCCGAAACUUAAUUGAGAUCAAUAUUCUGUUAUAUUUAAUGCAAAACUAAUUACAAUCAAUAAUUGUUAUUACUAUUAUAUUUCAGAUUCAUUAGAUAUUAAAAACAAAGAUUAAAAUAAUUCAUAAAGGAGAGAAAAAGAAGUGUUUACCCAUCAAAACUUAAAUUAUUUUGUUUAUCAAAAACUAGGAGUUGUCUUUGUCUUACCUUUGCAAUAAAAAGUAGACUAUAAUUUUUUUUGUCACGUUUCAUUUUCCCAAAUCACACUUUUCCAAAACUCAUGAUGGAGUAUUAUUUGCGGCUCACCUAUUCACAUAUAUUAUUCUUCAUCCCUGAUGCCAAUUUAACGUCGUUACGAGUUAGUUCUAACUCGAGAUUCUGAACUUGACUUUAACUCUUUGAGAAAUUCACUCCACCAUGGAUAUGAAAGAAAUAACAUUUUUUGUUUCCCA